CAUCAGCAUCAGUGGACUGUAGAUCUCUAGAGUCUAGAUUCUAGGCCCUCAUCAAUCAAUCAAAUCUCUUAAACCCCAACUCCUGUUUCCCCUGCUUGCAGGUACCGAACACCGGUGGGUGCAUGCUCUAUCUUCCCCGCUCUUCCCUCUUUCUUUCCGUCUCUAGUAUCCUGUUAUGAGGACCUUAUCUUGAAACUUUCUAGGAAUCCUCUUGUCAGAAGCUCGUGCGCCGCAGAAAUGGCAUCCGCUUGCUCUUCGCAGCAGUUUAUUGUUUCGCCUUCUUCUACGAUGGCUCUCAGAACCGCUUCUCCCCUUCUACAGAGGUUCAAGGGAUGGUCUUCACAUCCAAGGACCUAUUACCACAUUUUUAGAUCCAGAUCAUAUGGGUUUGGUACAUUUCAUACUACUAAGUCCAUUAUCUCAUGUGUGCCAAACACGACUACAGAACAUUCUGAUGGCCAUGGGAGGUUAAAUGUGGACCAUAUAAUGGAUGAGGCAAGAAAAAUUUGGGAGACUUCUCCUGAGCCCGUGAAGAAUUUCCCUUGGAUCAAAGCACUAGAGAAUUUUGUUCAGCUCAUCCUUGAUCUUGUUUGUGCAGUUAUGAGGUACUUAAGUGUACCUGUGUUGGCAGUUUCCACACUAAGCGAGAUGUCCUACUGUGCACAUGAAAGGAAAAUGAUUCUUAUACCCAUUCCCCUACUUGUAGGGAUUGCUGUUGCUGGGGUUUUAAGGGAUACAACACUAGAACUGUCUCCACGUCUAAAGAGAGCAGAAAUUCCAUGGCAUCUUGUUGCCAUGGCGGUUUUCUUCACAUUGCUCAAACUGCCAGGCCCUUAUUAUCCAUAUUGGGGGCGCAUAUUGAUUCCACAUUUUGCAAAUGGUGGACUAUUGAGGAUUUUAUGGUUUACCAUUUUGUGGUAUAGAAAGCCACAAGAGACAACCUUGCAACAGACUUCUGUAGAUGGUGGCCAUUCUGAAUAGAGGGAGGUUCUGAUAUUUUUGCGUAAGAAGUUAAGAGCAGUCUUACUGCUGGAGAACACAUGCUAAAAUUUGUCCCGUUACAAGCAAGGAGUUCGUUCUUUACCGUUCUUACAUCUGCAGUGGAAUCAUCUUUCAAAACAGUUUGAUCUGAUUCUCAAGUCUCCAAAAGCCGAACAAAAUCUAGGAAGACAAAAAGGAUGUCAAGAAUGUUCAAGAGGUUUUUCUAUCUCAACUGUAUGUAGAGAUGAUAUGACCAGUUGAACGGCUUCUUGUAUUGGACGACCCUGUAGUUGGUAUUUAAAGCUCCUGUUUCAUGUCAGCUCUAUAUGCACGACACUUUUCACAAGUGGUACUAGAUUUUGAUAUGAAAAAUUGCCUAAAAAGUUGUUUGUUUUGGGAAUUUGCAAGUUAACUUCCA